UAAUAAUUUCACUGAAUUAAUUAUUACUCUAAGAAUCUUUCAGAUGGACCCUAAACAAGGACAGUCGCGCCAACACGAAUGGGAACCUCAGCUGGAGCUUACCAUCACGCCGGGAUCAAAUGGCGUUUCUUUUAUGGCAUGGAACGGCGCGAACCGAAUUGCGGUAUGUGGCCGUGAACGCGACGUUCAUGUGCACGAUUUCGACGUCACAUUGAACAGACGAAUUAGUUUCGUAAACGAUAUCUCCGAGGUACGAUUUGCUAAGCGGGACCUGCUAGUGAUCUCGGCGUUAUCGGGCGAAGUGUCGAUCCUCAAAUUAAAAAAAGACUUUUCGCGCAACGUCAACCCUGUCCAGUUCCAGCGGCAUCUGCUGGCCCACAAUGCGCCAGUUUUCGCCCUGGAUGUUGAUUCCUGUGGUGAUACGUUUAUCUCAGGCGGAGCUGACAAGGUCGUCAAACUGUGGACCGUCUCUGGGCAAAAACUUCUUGGCCAGUUCCGUAAACACAACAACGCCGUGAGACACCUCACGUAUACUUCGGAUGGCCUGUGCUUCGCUUCUGCUGGAGACGAUCGCGAGAUAAUUGAAUGGGACAUCCGCUCGCAGAAUCCAAUUAGCGCGAUUGCAAAUCACUGCGGCGGGGGUGCGUCUUCGCUGGGUUUCCUGCCGGAAGGUCAUCUAGUAGUGGGGCAUCGGGAUAACAAUUUGCGGGUAUUCGAUGCAAGGACUAAGAAAGUCCUUGCCACGUACCGUGUCUACGACAACCCGAUCCGUAGUUUGUCGUUGCAUACGUCUGGCCAGUUCGUAGCGACUUCUUGCCCUGAAGAUCAGUGCGUGUCCAUUAUUGAUCUUCUGAAUGGCGUACCGUUAACCACGUUUACAAUCAAGAUGCCAGUCAAACAAGCGUUGUUUCUCUCGCCAUGCGACCCUCCUGUAAAUGAUUUCGAUACGUCGGACCUACUUUGUGUACCCGGGCGGGGGCGCAAGCUCAACAUCUUCAAUUGCGAUCUGACGCGCCUACUUGAAGAUGAAGAGCGGAUGUCGCAAUCACACCAAAUGUCGUCUUAUCCUGAGUGUGCUAAUGCGGGUGUUCCAGUCGCCGACGAAAAGGAGAAAACGGCUGACGAACGAGACGUUGUGGACACCAACAAUAAGCAUCCAGUCUCGAAAGCGUCUGGGGACCUUGCCGAAAGAGUUCCAUUAGAGUCAAAUAACCGAGUAGAAAGCGGUGCUGAAAUGAUGGCUCGCCGUACGCGUCGGAUGACGCUCGCGCGGAGAACAAUCAAGCCCAGACGGAUAUCUCUCGACGACCUUCAUGAAGAGCAAGAAAGGCAGGAGUCCACAACCAGAUCGAAGGAACUUCAGGAAGAAGUGGUAAAUGAAGCGGCGGCUAUCCGUCAGGCUGAAUCCGCUUUACUGAAUAAGCUUAUUGGCCAGAUUGCUGACAUGAGUGACAGGAUGGACCGUCUUGAGAUUAUGAUCACAAACAGAUUCAAUGAACUGGCCCACGGAAUCGCCUCUCUAGAGGGCCGGUGCCUGAAAGCUAAUGCGAAUGAAAGUAGUAUUGAAUAGCUAUUGGAGGAUUUCAAACCCGGAAACUUUGAGCUUGCUAUACGUGUAUAAGAAUGUACGCAAAAGAACAUUGGUAGACUUUUAAAGUGGGAUCAUUUUGUCGUCAGGGGUAACUCAUCAGUAAUUGUUUUAAAAGAAAAUUUAUGAUCUUUUGAGAAUUUUAGUACUUUUUUUUUGGAAACUGUAGAAAGAAAACUGUAUUGUUAGUUUAGAUAAAGAAAAAAAAAGGUGUGCACGUUGAACCAAGUUCUGAAGACGUAAAAAAGAUGUUCUAAAUGUACAGGAGUGUCGUUAAGUUCGAUGCUUAUAGCAAAAUAUACGAGUGCGCCAUUUAGAAACCAUUUACAUUAAAGUUUGGGGUGCUUGAGGGAAGUCUUACUCUGAGUGCUAAAACAUACAGAAAUGAAAAAAGCAGGUAAGUAAAACUAGCAGAAUCCAGCGUCAUGCAAUAUGAUGGAAAAAAUUGUAAAAAAAAUUACAAAUAUAAUCUCGUACGUUAAAAAGCGGACCUGUAUAUUUCCCGAAAAGUGAGGUGUGUAGUCUACUAACUUUAUUUCCCAUAUAUAAAUAGACGUAAAUUAUUAGUAACCAAGAAUAUUCUUCUUUGAUAGUAUUAAAUCAUAAUAUUGAAUUAAUAAAUAAUGGGUUUAAUGGC